AUGAAAACAAGAGAUAAAAACCAAAUACAGAAGUGCUAUUUAAAUAUCUUCAGUGGAAUUUGCUUGCCAGUGACACAUCUUUCUUGUAUAAAACUUGACAUUGGAUCUAUUUUCAUAUUUACAUCAGCCAUGGGAGUCCGAAGUGUUGUGGAAAUCAAAUGACUGCUGGUUACAUAUAUGAGUUUUCAAAUUCUGGUAUUUGUAAUGCAGAUGGCAAUAUUGGUGCUAAUAAUGAUGAAAAAGAAAUAUGUUCGCAAUCAGUGGAAAAACAGAAUUUAUGAUUUUAUUUCUGAAUACAGGAAUAAGAGUCUGACUGUGCAGGAAUCUGUGUGGAACAUUCUAAAUGUCAUGCAGCAUGAUAUGGAAUGCUGUGGAAGAUGCAAUGCCACACAGUGGAAAAGGAUAAACAAAAAUAAUACUCAGUUUCCAUGUGCAUGCACAAAUUACAAUCUAAAGAAACGGUUUUGUGAGGUCCCAAGGGAUUCAACAUACAGUGUGGGAUGUGAAGAACAUUUAAAAACAUAG